UUCAACUUUCCUAUUCUCCACCACUACUCAAAAAAUAUUUCAAUAGUAUUCCUUAUCUUUAGUCUGCCAAACAAAAAUUUGUGUUCUUUGAUUUUACAGUCAUUAACCAUGGCCUUGGACAUUAAUGCGGUGGAUUUCGAGGAUUACUUCCCGUCGAUGAUAGCUCGGUUGGGAACAGAAGGGUUCAUCUGGGAGCUGUGCAAUGGAUUCAGGUUGCUGAUGGACGUGGAGAAGGGUCUGAUAACGUUCGAGAGCUUGAAGAGGAACAGUGUUCUUCUUGGUCUUCACGACAUGAGGGAUGAUGAGCUCCUAUGCAUGUUGAUGGAAGGAGAUCUGGAUGGAGAUGGUGCUCUCAGUCAGACGGAGUUUUGCAUUCUCAUGUUUAGGUUAAGUCCUGGUUUAGUGGAUGCUGGACCCAAUAUUAAUAAACAGUGGAUGGAAGAUGGUGAUGUCAAUGAAAUGCAGGCCGCUUGUUAGCUGCUCAUGACUCCUUAUUAUCAUCAUCAUCCGGAUAUUAAUUACUUAAUCUCUCUUUGUCUCUAUCUCUUUGUCUCUCUCUGCUGCUGUUUCUUGUUUCUGAAUUUUCAUCUUCAAUUAAUGUUCUUUUUGGAGUAAUGGAAGAUCAUUUCUAAAUUCUAAUUAA